UGGUGCAAGUGGGGUGAGUUGACUGACUGCAUCAUUACUUUACAACUUGCAUAUGGAUUAAAAUCUAGAAUGUGAUUGAUUUCUAGUUUUAAUGACAGGAAAAACUAGCUAAUUCUCCAAAUCUUGAUGCUUCUUGUGAAAUGCACCAGAACAAGAAACCAAAAAUGAAUUCCAAUUUUCCGAUAGAGGAAACUAUAAGAGAAGGGAUCUCAAAAACGACAUUUGAUAUCAAGAUUUCUUCUGGCAAGAACAGCUCGGAAAGUAUUGAAAAUGCAAUUGAAUCAGAAAAUAAAACAUCAGAAGUAGAACACACUGACAGUGCCGUUGAAUUAGAGGAUGGAGUUAGUGGAGUUUGCAGAAUGCCAAAAGAGUCUUCUAUUGACAAUAUUAGAAGGUCCAAUGAUGACCCUCUCAAGCGUAGAGCCGUAAAAGGAUGUAAUACAACUAAUAUGGCUAUAGAUUGUGAAGAUAAAAAUGAGAGAAGCACGUUUGCUAAUGGAACAUUAUUGAAAAAUCUGGUCCUUGUAAAACUUGAAGAAAAAAAGGCCACCUAGCCAUCAGAUGAUGAAGAGUCAAAAGCAACAUGGGACAUCAAAUUGAAAGCAGGAGCCAAAAGGUCAAUUGCUAACUUUUGUAACUAAUUAAAU